AUGCUGUCCGCGCCGAAAUCGCGGCCGCUGGGCUUGCGAUACGCCAAGGGGCCCGACGGCACGCGCGGCUUCGCAAUGAAGCGUGGUCGCCCGUUGCCGGGCGUGCUUCCCGCCGCGCUCGAGUCUGUGCCGUCCGACGCGGCUGCAGACCUGCCAGGGCUGCCGCCUCCGGGCGCGCGCAGCAUCUCGGCCAGCACAGGCUCCGAGUCCUCCUGCUCCUCCCUCGCGCGCGCCGCGACGGCCGCGCACGCUGCUGACGGUGCUGACCCGCGGUGUGAUGGCCGCUCAUGGGCUUUGCUCGCAGCCGGACCCGUCGCUAGCCGCGGCGGGGAGGCGGACCUCGCUUCGCUGGGAGGCAAAGGGGGGCGCGGGGCCGCCGCAGAGCCCUUCGUCCGACCUCAAGCCGGCGGCGCCGGGUCACGACUCGGAAUGUGGUGCAACGCGGAGGAGGACUCGCCGGGCGGCGACUCCUCUCCUCCCCCGCCCUCCUCCGGCGCCUCCGACGCCGGCCAGAGCCGCCUCGGCAUGUGGUGCACCGCUCCGACGGCUACGAGACCCGACUUUGGCGGCUCGCUCGCGCUGCCCCACUCGCUCGCCGAGCCGCCGCCGAGCGAGCCGCCCGCCGCCGCCGAGGCUCCUGCACCUCGUGGCCACGAGCAGCAACAGCAAGCGAGGGCGGCGCAGGCGGCGCAGGCCCAGAGGGAGCAGAGCUUGCAGCUGCAGCAGCGGAUCGAGCAGGCGCAGGCGCAGCACCGCCAGCUGCCGGGGCAGCGCUUCGAGGCGGGGGCGGGCGGGGCGAAUGCGCCGUCGCAGGCGCUGGCCGGGUUCCAGGCGCCGCAGCCGCCGCUGCUACAGCCGGCGCACGCCGCGCUGCCCCACGCCGGAAGCUACGGCACUCUGAAUGGCCUCGGGGGAGGCUGCGCCGGCGUGAUCGGCGGCGGCGGCAGCUUGGGCGCGUUGCCGGGGGCCCUCCCCGCAUCCUCACCGCUCGGGGCGCUGCCGGGCGCAGGCGCGGCUGGGUUGCCGCAGGCGCCGCAGGAUGGUUUGCUCGAGCAGCAGACGUUGCGCCUGAAGAGCUUGCUCGGCCUCGGAGGCCUCUGA